UGCUUCUUAAAUGUUGGAAAGAGUUUGCCUAUGCCCCACGGUGGAAAGAGUGGCCAGACAGGUGGAACAGUGAGUGAAGAGAAGAGGUAGAUGAGUAGGGGACUGCUCAACCCGGGGUUUUGCAGGCUGUAGAGGAGUUUGAUGGGCUAGGGAGUGAGGGAUGGUUUUUUAAUGGAUUGGCAGGUUGCAGGCCCAAUCCCAAGGCCCAUCCCCUACCCCAGUUCUUGUCCUCUCACUUCCUCCAGGCCCCUGAGUAUCACUGCUGAAAUUGUGUCUGGCCACCUGGGACCCCAUGCAGCCUGAAGCCAAGCCAAGUGGGGCUGGAGCCCUCAGCCGAUUCCUGUGCACUGACUGCCCAGAAGGCUCAGGGGACGCCACGAUGUACGCCUCCACUGAGUGCAAGGCCGAGGUGACCCCGUCCCAGGAUGGCAACCGCACCUUCAGCUACACCCUUGAGGACCACACCAAACAGGCCUUCGGCAUCAUGAACGAGCUGCGGCUUAGCCAGCAACUGUGUGACGUGACGCUGCAGGUGAAGUACGAGAACAUUCCAGCUGCCCAGUUCAUGGCCCACAAAGUGGUGCUGGCCUCGUCCAGCCCCGUGUUCAAGGCCAUGUUCACCAACGGGCUCCGCGAGCAGGGUAUGGAGGUGGUGUCGAUCGAGGGCAUCCACCCGCAGGUGAUGGAGCGCCUCAUCGAGUUUGCCUACACUGCGUCCAUCUCCAUGGGCGAGAAGUGUGUGCUGAACGUGAUGAAUGGCGCCGUCAUGUACCAGAUCGACAGCGUGGUGCGCGCCUGCAGUGAUUUCCUGGUCCAGCAGCUGGACCCCAGCAACGCCAUUGGCAUUGCCAACUUUGCUGAGCAGAUCGGCUGCACAGAGCUGCACCAGCGGGCCCGGGAAUAUAUCUACAUGCACUUUGGAGAGGUGGCCAAGCAGGAGGAAUUCUUCAACCUGACCCACUGCCAGCUGGUGACGCUCAUCAGCCGGGACGACCUGAACGUGCGCUGCGAGUCGGAGGUGUUCCACGCCUGCAUCGACUGGGUCAAGUACGACUGCGAGCACCGCCGGUACUACGUGCAGGCGCUGCUGCGCGCGGUGCGCUGCCACUCGCUCACGCCGCACUUCCUGCAGAUGCAGCUGCAGAAGUGCGAGAUCCUGCGAGCCGACUCGCGCUGCAAGGACUACCUGGUGAAGAUCUUCCAGGAGCUCACCCUGCACAAGCCCACGCCCGUGGUGCCCUGCCGCGCGCCUAAGGUGGGCCGCCUCAUCUACACUGCAGGCGGCUACUUCCGACAGUCGCUCAGCUACCUGGAGGCCUACAACCCCUGCACCGGCACGUGGCUGCGGCUGGCCGACCUGCAGGUGCCCCGCAGCGGCCUGGCGGGCUGCGUGGUCGGGGGGCUGCUCUACGCCGUCGGGGGCCGCAACAACUCCCCCGAUGGCAACACCGACUCCAGCGCCCUGGACUGCUACAACCCCAUGACCAACCAGUGGUCGCCCUGCGCGCCCAUGAGCGUGCCGCGCAACCGCAUUGGGGUCGGUGUCAUCGAUGGCCACAUCUACGCCGUUGGGGGCUCCCACGGCUGCAUCCACCACAACAGCGUGGAGAGGUACGAGCCGGAGCGGGACGAGUGGCAUUUGGUGUCCCCGAUGCUGACGCGGAGGAUCGGCGUGGGUGUGGCGGUCCUCAACCGCUUGCUUUAUGCCGUCGGGGGCUUCGAUGGGACGAACCGCCUGAACUCGGCUGAGUGCUACUACCCGGAGAGGAAUGCAUGGCGCAUGAUCACACCCAUGAACACCAUCAGGAGCGGCGCAGGAGUCUGCGCACUACACAACUGUAUCUACGCGGCGGGGGGCUACGAUGGCCAGGACCAACUCAACAGUGUGGAGCGCUACGACGUGGAGACCGAAACCUGGGCUUUUGUGGCCCCCAUGCAGCAUCGGCGAAGCGCCCUGGGGAUCACCGUGCAUCAGGGGAGAAUCUACGUUCUGGGAGGCUACGACGGCCACACGUUCUUGGACAGCGUAGAGUGCUACGACCCUGACCAGGACUCCUGGAGUGAGGUGACGCACAUGACUUCCGGGCGCAGCGGCGUGGGCGUGGCCGUCACCAUGGAGCCAUGCCGGAAACAGGUGGACCAGCAGAACUGCACCUGCUAACCCCGCCCGCUGCGCCAGGCAUUGGGUGGUUGGUUUUUCUUUUUCUACAAAGACGGACAGAAGAGGGAGCGAAUCUGCGUCCUCUGGGGUGGGGCCUGGGACGCCCCUGCACCAAUGAAAGCCCUACAGGAGCUGCCGGCCUUGUCCCUCCUGUGGCUCGGGCGGACCCCGGGAAAGGGCACCGCUCAGUCUGGGCAGAGAUCACCUUGUUUUUGCAUCUUGCCACUGGGUGAUGGGUUCAGCCCCCCCGUGAGGCCGAGGCUCCCCAGGACCCACGGUUAGGCGCCAGGGAGGGGUCUGGACCUGCCAGGCCACCAGGUGUCAUUUUGUUGAUAAGUAAUCCUGUAACUUUCUAAUGAAAAUAAAGAAGGAACGAAC